AGCACGUGACUGGGGAGAUGGCAACUGCGGCAUUGCUUUCGUUUUGAAAUCAUAAAUACGCGAUUAUAUUGUCUUAUUUUUUUGUUAUAUUAGCACUAAUUACUCGUAGUGAUCAUUUUCAGGAUCUUCUACUAAAAGUGAGACGCUCCGCUCUUUUAAUCUGAGAGUCUACGUCUGAUCAGAUUAACUCGUUAGCUGCCACUUUGUUGCAUUGUAACGUCAACUGAACAGGAUGAGCUAACUUGGCUACCGUUCAUUUCACAAACUCGGGAUUUUUGAAAAACUGAAUAAAAGAUGUCUCAGAGGAAGAGAGUCGCGGCUGUGGGCUCCCAGACCAAACAUUUCAGGCGGUCACAGCAGGUUGUCCUGGAUGAGGAUGAUGGUGACAUGUCCUUAACGCAGCCAACGUCAUCCCAGGUCCAAAAGGCCAGGGAGAACUUCACACCUGUUCAGGUGGAUCGUAAGGUUGCUGAAGUGGUACAAUUCAUCCUGAUAAAGGACCAGAAGAAAAUACCCAUCCGCAGAGCAGAUAUUGCCAAACAUGUAAUAAAGGAGUACAAAGCCUUGUACCAGGACAUCAUGAAGAGAGCUGACCGCACAUUUGAGCAGGUUUUUGGGCUAAAGCUUGUAGAGAUAGACUCCAAGAAUCAUAUUUAUAUCCUCGUCAACAAGCUGCAGCCUGUGCCUGGGGAGCCGAUCAGCAUGUGUCCUGGAAACCCGAAGACAGGACUUCUGUUCGUCAUUCUCAGUAUAAUUUUCAUGAAGGGAGGAACAGUUAAAGAAAAUGUGGUUUGGAACACCUUGAAGAAAUUGAGAGUGGAUGUAGGGGAGAAGCAUGAAGACUUCGGUGAUGUGAAGAAAGUGAUCAUCGAUGAGUUUGUGCGACAAAAAUACCUGGAGUACGUGCGAAUUCCCCACACUGAUCCGCUGGAGUUUGAGUUUCGCUGGGGCCAGAGGGCUGAGAAGGAGGUGUCCAAGAUGAAAGUGCUCGAAUUCAUCGGAGAGCUACACAACCAAGAGCCCCAGUCUUGGACUCAGCAAUACAGGGAGGCCACUUCUGUAGAAACCAGCCAGAGAUAGCAGAACAGAACAAGAGAUUCGGGGUGGAGGCGUGUGUGUGUCUGUCUGUGUGUAUAAGAUUGAUGCUAUUGGGAUAUACAAACCACUUAAAAGCUUUUCAACUCUGUGUCAAGUAGAAUAACUACUUACUGAGCAAAAGCUGGUUCAGAAAGUUAGUUCAUUUUCAAGGUGUAAUUGUUUUAUACACAAUUUGAAAACACCGGCUUUUCUUUACCUUGUAUGAACAUUUCAUGAUUAAUGAACCAACAGAAAUUGUGCUUGUUAAAUGCACUUACCCUAAAGCUGAGACCAGGUUCUCGUCUCCUCUAACGGUAACAUUAGGAGAUAACUGUGUAAAAGUCUUAAAAAUUCUUGUUACCUUUCUUUUGUGCUGCAAUAGAAUUAAGGUGAUAUUAAUGUUAUAUAAUUAUAAGCUGAAUGUCUUAGCUACAGAUGUCGGGUGGACAUAAAGAAGUAAAAAAAAAAAAAAAAAAGUUAAAAUAUUUUGAGGUUACUUUUUUAUACCAGCAAUUUCCACAGUAAUGUAAGAUUCUGUAUUUUUAACUU